AUGCGACGUCGUGCCACGCUAACUACACAUGAAAAACGAAGUCUUGACGAGGAUGAGGAAGCUUGGGGUAUCGAUGGACGGGAUAGGCAUUCUGUUAUUGUGCCAAGCCAUACCACCCAAUCGGAACUUUCUGGAUUAUUCCCAAACUCGGUUUAUAUUGUUGAGAUUCAUGCCUCCGUCGACUCCAGCGAAGGUGAAUUACAUGGUGAAAAAGGCAUCAUAUUUGUGAGAACCCUCAAUGCCACUACGUCAGAGAUUGUCAGCGAUCCCCCUAUUGAUGAAACUGGCUUCGAUCUAGCUAUACCGACAACUUCCAGUGAGGAAGAGGAAGAGAACACGGAUGAUAAUGUAGAUAUUCAGACUCCAUUCUUUGAUGGGGAACUUCAGGUUGGGUUUUUAUAAAU